AUGUUUGAUCGAGGCUAUGUGGCUUGUGGUGUUCUCCGUAAACAGCCUAUGUUAUACGUCCAAGAUACCCACCAUGUUCAAGUUGUCUGGGAAAUGAAUUGUGGCAUGAGUAAUAAAGACAUGAUAUUGUCCUAUUGGCCUGAAAGCAGCCAGAGCAAUAGCAAUACCGAAAAGAUAACGAUUGGACCGAUCAAACCAAAGGUGAUAGAUUCGUUUCAUACGCUUUAUAGAGCCACUAUUGGACCACUCAUACAUACAGGACCUGUACAUUAUACAAUUGAUAUUGUGAAAAAGGACAGACAAAAAGAAGGCAACAAUGACGACGGUAUCAGUAGUUGGAAUGUCUUGAGUAAAAAACGAAAAACCAUUGCCAAAUAUACAUUUCAUUGGUUUGCCGAUGCAAAAGAAAAGCAAGAAGAGCCUAUUCGUAUUGCAGCCAUGGCCGAUAAUCAAUUUGGGCUUCUCACUUUCUCAGCUAUACUGAGACAAAUUAGAAAGCUACCUCAGCGCAAGCAACCUCAUUUCUUAUUACACGCUGGCGAUGCAGUGCAGAAUUAUCCUUCUUUACGACAAUGGCAGACAGAUUUCGCUGCUCCCCUUACCGCUCAUAAUCUCAUUCAACGUAUGCCUUUAAUAUAUGCACACGGCAAUCACGAUUAUGAUCCGACGGGCGAAUAUAUAUAUACACGGUCACAAGCCGCGGAUCCAUGGUUUUCUUUUUCUCUCGGCAACAAUACUGCCCGAUUCAUUAUUUUAGAUAGCAAUUUAGAUUGGGAACGUCAAGAUCAAUGGCUAAAAGAUGAAAUUAAAUCCGACCUUUUCAAAGCAGCUCAGUUUCGGAUUGUAGUAGUCCAUGUACCGCCAUUUCUAGAAUACUGGGAACCGGAAGCCUGGUUCAAAUUACGACAGAGUGAAUGGGGAGCAUUUAUUAAAGAUCGAUUUGUUCCGCUCUUUGAGGAGGGUGGUGUGGAUUUAGUGAUUUCUGGUCAUCAACACAAUUAUGAACGUGGUGAAAGAAAUGGAAUUUCGUAUGCCAUCAUAGGCGGCGCAGGUGGUGAUAUUGACUACGAGCAAGUGAAAGAUUGGGGAAUGUACGAGGCCAAACUCUUAGAUUUUCAUUUCGUUGUACUAGAAUUUAUACCACCAGCGAAAACAGAAAGCGGGAAAAUGGAUAGCUGGUCUUUGCACUGGGAGAUGUUUGAUGUAAAUGGACAGAAAAUUGACUCGACCGUUUUGAUCGCCAAACAGCAAGCUUCAACCGCAUCACCAUUGGAACAGGCAACAAUUGAUAAAACAGAAAAUAUUUUACAAGCUAUAGCCGAAGGAAAUACCAACCAGCCCUUAUAA